UGGCAUAUGGAGGUUCCCAGGCUAGGGGUCUAAUUGGAGCUACAGCUGCUGCCAGCCUACACCAGAGCCACAGCAGCGCCAGAUCUGAGCCACGUCUCCAUCUUUGACCUACACCACAGCUCACGGCAAUGCCAGAUCCUUAACCCUCUGAGCGAGGCCAGGGAUCGAACCCGCAACCUCAUGGUUCCUACUCAGAUUUCUUUCUGCUGCACCAUGACGGGAAUUCCUCCUCUUGGAAUUUUAGUAGCCUUUGACUUUCUAGGCCCAUAGUCAUAACCAAUCCAUGUUCUGAUAGCUCUGGGUUCCUAUCCAGUGGUGACACAGGGAAUCAGGUAGCUCCAGUGUCUGGUCUGCCCUUCCAUCACUGUAGGGGAGCAGCCCCAUAUGAGCCAUGGCCAUGGAGAGGCACACAGAUUUCUCCCGGUGUUUCUCCAAGAGAAAUCCUGAACCAAGCCCCUGUUUCAAGCAGAAAGCCUGGCUCCAGCCUCUCUCCAUAAAUGAAACACCUUGGGACUCUGUUAGCUGAAGGAGUCAAAGCCUCGGUGCCUCUGCUCCAAAAAAGGAUGCUCAAGAUACAAACCCAAGAACAGCCCCAAAAUCUGGCCCCUGGUUUCAUCCCUGGUUCCCCAUCUACAUCCAGAAUGAUAUUCACCUUACUUUUUUUUUUUUUUUUGUCUUUUCUAGGGCCACACUCUCAGCAUAUGGAGGUUCCCAGGCUAGGGGUCUAAUCAGAGCUAUAUUCGCUGGCCUACACCACAGCCACAGCAAGGCCAGAUCCAAGCCAUGUCUGCAACCUACACCACAGCUCACGGCAACCUCAACCCACUGAGCAAGGUCAGGGAUGGAACAUGCAACCUCAUGAUUCCUAGUUGGAUUCGUUAACCACUGAGCCACGACGAGAACUCCCUCACCUUACUUUUGAAUGCACUUCUCUUCUCCCCUUCUUCUUUGUCCUUCUUUUACGUUCAACCACACCAUGAUUACAUAUGAAAAAAAUGGUAUCAGCACCAUCUUGAUCAGAAGUCAAAUGCCCCAUUCUAACCAACUUCUCUCCAAAUUUCUUACUUUAUCUACAAACCAGCCACUUUGUAAAGCCUUUCCUGAUCACUCUUACCUUAAGUGAACUAUUUCUACCUCCUCUGGUCCGCUCCACUCUGCUUUUGCUUGCAUUUAGCUUUUAUCAAACAAGGUUCUUGAAGACCAGGUGCAUGCCAUGGCCUGUUAGGCACCACAAUAUAAAAAUGAACAAGACAAGUUCAGCUGCCAUCCUGAAACCUUCCACCUCAUAGUGGGGGCCCUCCUCUCAUUUCUUCAGGGUCUUCCCACUUUGAAUUCUACAGUUGGUACACCUCACACUCUUGCUGCUUGAUUCUAGAGACACGUCAUCCUUAAAAAUAAGGAGCUUGGGAGUUCCCGCUGGGGCUCAGCAGUUGUGAACCCAAUUAGUAUCUAUGAGAAUGCGGGGUCAAUCCCUGGCCUCACUCAUCCGGCAUUGCCAUGAACUGUGGUGUAGGUUCAAGACAUAGCUUGGAUCCUGCUGUGUGGUGGCUGUGGAAUAGGCCAGCUGCUGCAGCUCCAAUUCGACCCCUAGCCUGGGAACUUCCAUGUGCCUCAGGUCUAGCCCUAAAAAGCCAAAAAAAAAAAAAAAAAAAAAACCCCAAAAAAUGAAAUAAAAAUAAGGAGCUUAGAGUUCCCUGGUGGCCUAGCAGGUUAAGGUUCUGGUGUUGUCACUGCUGUGGCUCUGGUCACUACCGUGACUCGGGUUUGAUCCCUGACCCUGGAACUUCUGAGUGCUUCAGGCAAAAAAAGAACAAAAAAGAAAAAAAUUUAAUAAGAAGCUUAUUUGACAGCGUGCUGCUGUUCCCAUUUCUUCAUGCUGCUCCAUGUGAAUGCCACAGUGUAGCAGAGUGUGGGAGCUUACCUGGCAGAACUAUGCACACCUGUCCAGACAGCAAAGAGCAUCCCCAGAACUUGCACAACUGCAUCUGUUCUCCUGUCUGCUGCAGGGCGGAUGUCGUUGUGGUUACAUUGAAAAUCCACCAGUUCUGUGAAAAAUAUCAUUGGGGUCACAAAGCCUCCUUGGUGGGUUUGACAUGUUGUCUUGACAUCCCCUCAACCCUCUGCCAUGCUCUGCACAAAGGGGCUACCACCCCCAUGGCUGACACUUUUCUUAGCUGCAAGGCUGGAAGACCUCCAAGCCAGCUGCAGCUCACUUCCAGGAGAUGGGGAUAGGAUGAUUCUCUUUUCAAGCAUUGCACCCCAGAAUCUGACCAUCAUUGUUCUUAGGGACCUGGUUCCCAAGAUCCAAAUGUCUGCAGGUUGACUCUGGUUCUUCUUCCAUGGGCCGGGUGACAUUCAUGGAUGGUCAUCCUCCUCACCACCCUCCUGAUUGCAUCCUUUGGUCAGAAGGGCCAUUUAGGAGUUCCCGCUGUGGUACAAUGGGAUUGGUGGUGUCUCUGGAGCAUUGGGACGAAGACUCGAUCCCUGGCCCAGCACAGUGGGUUAAGGAUCCUGAGUUGAUGCAGCUCAGAUCUGAUCCCUGGUCCAGGAAUGCCAUAUGUUGCCAGGUGGCCAAAGAUAAAUAAAUAAAUAAAUAUUUAAAUAAAUAAAAUAAAGAAGGGCCAUUUAACACUCUUCUUGCAGUGGGAACAGAAACAAAACAAAAUGGGAAGCAAUCCAACAUGAGGAUUGCCUUCUCGGUGACCUAUCUGGGGUUGGCUCUUUCCUUGUCACCCCCAUUUAUGUGAGUUAAGGCAUAGCGCUAUGUCUACACAGCCAGACACAGAUACACACACACAUACACACACAUAUCGAUAUGCCAGGGCAUCAUUACAACGGGUUUUCCUUCCCCAGCCUCCCUCAUCUUCCAUUUGGAAAUGUUGCAUGUACACGUGCUGAAUCCACAAUGAUAAAGAUGGAUCGUAUUGACUACAGCCUUAUGGAAAUUGCAAAAAUUCAGAUACUGCUUAAAUGACUAUUAAUAGGAAAACUCAGUUAUGAAACGCCCACAAAAAAUGCCCCCCUUUAGAAGUACGGAGCAGCUCUACAUGUGCUGACAUGAAAAGCUUUCUCUCUUCCAUCAUUAGAUAAGAAAGGCAAGUUUCAAAAAAAACAUGUGCAUAGUACAAUCACGUGUCUAAAGUGAUGUAUUAACACCUAGAUUAAAUCUGAGAGACACACUUAAUUGUAACACACUUAACUGGUUUUCUCUAGAGAAUGGAAGACGGUGAGAAUUGAGACAGGGAAAUUUCCCCCAUUCUCUUUUUUGUAUUGUCUGAAGUGCUUCAGAAUACAUAGCUUAUGUAACUUAAAACAUACUUUAAAAAACAUUUCUAGGAGUUCCCUGGUGGCCUAGGAGUUAAAGGAUCUGGCAUUGUCACUACUGUGGCUUGGGUCACAGCAAUGGCAAAGGUUCAAUCCCUGGUCUGGAAAUUUCUACAUGCCAUGGUGUAGCCAUUAAAAAAUUAAAAUAAAAAAAUUCUACAUAUAAAAUGUUAAAUGGCCCAUGUUAAAUUAAAGUAAGCAACUUGGACACUUUGGGUGGGGUAGGGUGGGACAGGGCAUUGAAAUCAAAGUGAAAAAAAAAAAAACAAAACCAAAAACCCAAAGCCCAUCCAACACUGAAGUUUGGAUCCCACAAGGGUGGUGCUGUUCUGCAUACAGAGCUCAGCCCAAGCUGUGUUGUGACAUGUGGCAUCUGGGGGGUGUCUGGGACACAGUCCUUGUGGGGCAGAACUGGGGCAGGCACGUGGAGCAGAUAAUGCCAGGUGGUGUGUCUCUAGAAUCAAGUCCCAGCAGCGUGAGGUGUGCCCACUGUGGGAUUCAAAGCGGGAAGACCCAGAAGAAAUGAGAGAAGGGCACCCACUAUGGGGGGGAAGGUUUCAGGAUGGUGUCAGACAACAAGGAAGGGGUCACAUGUGUGCCAGGGUAGGACCGGGAGAACUGUGUCCACCCAAGCUAGGGAUACAGAGGAACAAGGUCAAAGGCCCACAGUGAAGGAACUGGUCCUGGGGCUCAAACAGAACAGACGGUACAACAAAAGCAAGAGGAGCCCAGAGUUUGGAUCAUCUCAAACGCUGUCGUGGGUAAAUGGGAAAGACCAGGGCAGGGAACUGGGCAGAAGCUGGGAGGAACCAGCACCCAAAGGCUCUGAAACAAGCCAGGGUUGAGCUUCCAAGCAGUCCUGAAGGUCAUGAGUGGCUGAGGGAGUGAACCCAUCAGAUCCCCUUUAGGAGAGUAAUGUUCACAGCAGGGUGGCUAGGGGGUUGGCCAGGAGAGGGACAGAUGUAGAGGCUGCUGCAGUGGCCUCAGGAUGGAAGGAGGUUGUGUGAAGGGGUUCAGCUGCUGGGGAACAGCCUGAAGGGUGUGGGCAGCAGAAAACUGCAAGCUAGGUGUAAGGCUUGAGUGGCUGCUGCCUGGUGGAAGUCGCCCUUCUGUAGAAGGGAGAAGGUCCUCCCUCCGUGAGGACCCCAGACUUCCCUGCCCCAGUCCCCCAGAAGUGGGCGAGUCACUAACUCUUCUUCUCAGCCCUCAGGGCCGGGUUUGUAGACCCAAGGUCCCAAAGGUGUCCGCGCUAGGGCCAAUUCGGGUGAGGGCAAAGGAAAGGGACACUUCUCUCUCCUUUCCUGCUCACUCUCCCUCACUUCUUUCAGUCUCUCAUCUCUGUCCUCCAUCUCUGUCACACCCAUAGGAGAGCUAUUCCGAAGGGCAUUUCCAAGCCCUUUUCCUGGUCCUCAAACCCACAAUCCUCCACCGUCCCCAGCUUCCCGGCAAGGCUGCUUCGACGGUGCCCAUUCACCGACCCCAGCCCCCUCUCUGGGCUGAAAGGUGACAACGACGAAUAGGAGGGCGACUCUCAUAUCAGCAAGGCUUGAGGUGACAUCACAUCCUCCGAACGAGAAACCGAGAAACCGGGCUCGGUGGCCGGCCGAAGGGCGCAACUUCCCCCGUCGACGUCCUACUAGCUCUUGCGCGCCUCCAGGCUUCGAGCUUCCAGCGGAGCCGCGCCGCGGGGAGCGCGCCAUGGCCUCGCUGGUGACCGCUCUGCUCCUGCCGCUGGUCCUGCAGCUCCAUCCCGCCAAGGUCCUCGGGUCCAGCUUGUUCCGGACGUCGCCGGAGAUGGUGCAGGCUAGCCUGGGAGAGACUGUGAAGCUCCGCUGCGAGGUGAUGCACUCCAACACACUGACAAGCUGUUCCUGGCUCUACCAGAAGCCGGGGGCUGCCUCCAAGCCCAUCUUCCUCAUGUACCUCUCCAAAACCCGGAAUAAGACAGCCGAGGGGCUGGACACCCGUUACAUCUCUGGUUACAAGGCCAAUGACAACUUCUACCUCAUCCUGCACCGCUUCCGCGAGGAGGACCAAGGCUACUAUUUCUGCUCGUUCCUGAGCAACUCGGUUUUGUAUUUCAGCAACUUCAUGUCCGUCUUCUUGCCAGCAAAGCCCACCAAGACGCCGACUACGCCACCACCCAAGCGGACUCCCACCAAAGCGUCGCACGCCGUGUCUGUGGCCCCAGAGGUGUGCCGGCCUUCGGGCAACGCAGUAGACCCGAGGAAGCUGGACUUCGCCUGUGAUCUGUACAUCUGGGCGCCCCUGGUUGGGACCUCCGGCAUCCUUCUCCUGUCACUGGUCAUCACCAUCAUCUGCCACCGCCGGAACAGAAGACGUGUCUGCAAAUGUCCCAGAGAGAGGCAACCAACUUUAUCACCUGAACCAAAGAAAUAAUGGCCUCAAUGCCUAAUUUCCUUGUGGCAGUUCAGGGCCUUGACUCGCUGCCAAGGACUGGAGUGGAAGACAGGAGGACCAGAGGUAGGGGCGCUUAGCUCUCUGGCAAGUUCAAGUGACUUUUUCCAUCUGAUUCCAGCCCAUGAUCAUUCAGAAAUGGUCAGGAAACAAACAAUAAAAACAGGAUCUGGAAGACAGUCCUCAGUCUCCUCUCUCCUUGGAGCUCAGACAGAGGCAGCCCUGCACUAACGCCUAACGACAACCACCCCCACCCCCACCCUAGCCAGCCUAGCACUGUGAUGGGAGUUACUCGGGAUCUUGCUUAUCCUUGAAAAACCCCAUGGGGGAGAGAUCAUGGUGCCAUGUCACAGCUCACUGGCUCAGAAAUCAGGAAACCUACCCAAGGUGGCAAGACACGAUUACACUCCAGUUAUCAAUAAUAAUAACAGCCAUUUGAUGAAAUCUAAAGUGUACCAAUUACUUGCAAACUGUAAAGCAGUUAUUGUGACCAUCAUUGUACAGAUGAGGAAACUGAGGUCUAGGACAUUUAGUGACUGGUCCAAGGCCAUGCUGCUAGCAACCUACAGAGCUGCAACUUCUAUCCAAAGCCUGGGUUCCUUCCUGUGGUCGGGGACUGGGGCAGGAGCAGGUGAAGGAGAACCAAAUGUAUUCAUCUGUUCCUUUCAGUAGAUGAAAAUAUUUAAAGUUUCAUCCCUGGGGUUUGCAUUUCACAAUCCCUGAGAGUCCUCUGUGGGAACCCAAGUUCAGUGUCUCAUACAUCAUUAUUUUUAAACAAUGAAAAUGUUAAGAAUUUUCAGUGCAUAUGCUAGAGAUGAUAUAUCAAAGGAAUAAAGACUAUUUCUAUUUUGUUUAUUUAUUUAUUUUUUUUUUAUUUUUUUGGCUGAGCUGGUGGUCUGUGGAAAUUCCCCAGGCCAGGGAUUAAACUCGCACCACAGCAGCCACCCAAGCUUCUGCAGUGACGAUGCUGGGUCUUUAACCCACUGCACCACCAGGGAACUCCCAGGGAUAAAGACUCUUUAAAAGCAGAGAAGGAUUUUUAGCAACUUCAGUAUCUGGAGUACAGUUGGAGCUUUUGGAGAAGUGUCCCUUUUCUUUAUCUUUUCUGACAAUCCUGAUUUUGAAAUGAAUAACCGAGACUAAAACCCUCCCCUGAAAUACAAAGCUCUGCAGAUGAAAAAUUAGAGGAAUUAGUCCACCUGAGUUAAUGUACUCAGUGAUGAUCCAGGGUUGUUCAACUUCAACAAAGAGGUUUUAGAGGGUGGCGUGUGUAGACAUGACACUCACAAUGAAUCAGCCCAUUUAAGAGGUGUUAGCCUAGUUCUGAAUUAACACAUUUUUAGUGUGAUAUCAAAUUUGGGUUGUCAAAGGGACUCUUAAGCAAAGUAGCUCUGCUUGGCUGACGGUGGUGGUUCGUUCACAUCCUCCCCAUGACUGUGAGCCUCCCGAGGGCUGAGAAUCAGGUCGGCAGAAGGCUUUGAGCUUCUCUCACCUCCAUGGAGACCUUGACAAAGACUCCAAGAAGCUAGACUAACCAGGUCCAGAUCCUGGUUCCACCACCUCCUAGUUAUAUGACCUUGGGCAUGUUCUCUAACCUUGCUAGUGGCUACCGUUUGGGUUGCCAUGAGGGUGAAAUAAGAUGGCACACUGGAGUUCCAGCUGUGGCUCAGCAGGUUAUGAACCCAACUUGCAUCCACAAGAAUUUGGGUUUGAUCCCUGGCCUCGCUCAGUGGGUUAAGGAUCCAGCAUUGUCGUGAGCUGUGGUGUAGGUUGCAGACAUGGCUCGGAUCCUGUAUUGCUGUGGCUCUGGCGUGUGCAGGCAACUGAAUUUGACCCCUAGCCUGGGAACUUCCAUAUGCUCCAGGUGCGGCUCUAAAAAGAAAAAAAAAAAGA